AAUACAUUGUUCUUUCAUAUUAUGAAAUGGGAUUGGCAAUAUGAACGCUCAGAGUGUUCCCGUUUAGGAAAGCUGAGAAGCACAUUUGCUGCACAAAUACCUACUGCUCCCUGUUGGUUCCUGAGCCACCAACCAAGGCUGUUAAGAAGUCAAAAUGGAAAGCUGUAAAGUGGCAGCCCCUCGCCAAAGGCAGCACAACUUCCCUGACGUGCUUAGGGAGCUCAGCAUCCCGGCAAAGGACUUCUUGGUCCAACAGCUUGAGAAACACUCUAUCCGGGCCCUGCGGUUGACGUGUCGGCAACUGCGUGACGCUAUUGACAGCAGCGUGAGGCAAAUCACUGUUUGGAUUAAGUCUGAGGACGCAGAUACCUGGACAGCGGGUCGCCUGCCUUCUGUGGCUCGCUGGCCUCGAUGCAACACGGUCUGCAUGGUGUCGCAUCUAGACCUGCCAAACGUGCUGGAUUCCGCCGGUCUAUUCACGCUCCCGUUUACCAAGAUGUCGCUCAACGCCAGACGACAGAUUACUUCUUUGACAUUGUCCAGCCAUGACUACAUGUCUGGCGCCGAAACAGUGGUAGCACUGCUGGCGCAUCGUCUACCAGGGCUACGGGAGUUGGACCUAAAACAGUUGCACGGAGUAUCCAACGAGCGGCUACACCUACGCACCAUGUACUGCAGCCUCGCGUGCCUGCCCCACCUCGAGCGACUCGUUCUGUCAUCCGGCGCUGCGCUAGCAUGCCUGGAUGCUCUGGCAGGCAGCCCCUUAAAGUACCUCCACGUGUGCAGAAGCCACUGCGGCCGUGCGAUGCCUGGAAAGCAGCACAUCGAUGCCAGCAAGCUGCGUGGCCUCUCGCUGCUCCGUGAGCUGCGGGAACUCACCCUGUCCGACUGCCACUUCGAAGGCAACGGCAAUGAGACCAGCUGCUCACCGCCUCAAUUGCUGUUGCGCAGCCUGCCGGCCUCCCUGGAGCGCCUGUGGCUCCGGCGGUGCAGUGCCUCAGGCUGCCCACGCCACAACGUCAACCUCCUGGUGCUCCUGAAGGCCCGCCGCAUGACGUCCGUGGAUCUAGCACCCGCAAGCGAACAACACCGGCGGGGAUACGAAGUUGUCUCACUGGAACAGUUGGCGGUCGAAUUGAGCCAGGGGCUGUUGGCCGGCUUGCUGGCGGGCCCGCAGCAGCCCCUGCCGCUGCAGCUCCUGCGCAUCGGCCAGCUGCAACUCAGCGGCAGCCGCGCCACGGUGCUUGACGAGGCGAGGCUGGGGAACCUCAAGCGGGCGCUGCAGCGGUGCUUCACGCGGGUUGAGGUGGGGGCCGUGUGGGUGGACAACGACGCUCCCGCGGCCGCAGUGCUGCAGGGGCUGGAGGUGUUGGGCGCGCCGGAGCACCUGGAUGUGGGGCUGCCUCAGCUCCCUUGUUUCUUCAUCCAAAGCAUCCGGGUAGCGGUGACGGCACCCCUGGGCGGGCAGCCGCUGCUGGCGGGUGCUGCUGCCCAGCACCCGCCACACAAGGCCUCGCUGCCUUCCGCUGUUGAAGUGGCGCGAGCAGCAGCACAGCGGUUGGCCGCCGCAGGAACCCUGGUCACAGCGGUGGGUGAAGGUGCCUCGGAUUACGCAUCGGGCGGUGCCGGGGCCCGGCCAGCGGGCCACGUGCGGUUGGUGGACGGGAAGCUAGCGCUGCUGCUGCGCGGCUCCCUCAUGGCCCUGGUGACGCAAGACGCCCACGUGCUCAGCGGCUGGGUGCAGCUGCUGCAGGAGCGUGUGAAUGGAGCUGUAGGUGGCGGCUAUCGGUGCGAGCUGCAGUGUCAGGGGCUGCCGGGCGCCGCCGCCGCCAUCCUGGCGUGCAGGCACGAGGUGGUGGCGGAGGUGGUGCAGGCGGUGGUAUCGUUGGCGAGAGCGGCGGAGGGGGCGCUGUCGCUGCAGGUGGUGAUGCUGCGGCCGCCGGGGAACAUGACAGGAGGUUCCUUAUAUGACUUGCCCGAGGUGCUCUUCACACACGCCUUGCAAGAGGUGGUGCAGGAGGCCUGGGACGCCGCAGCGGAGGCUGACGAGGGCAUCAGCGUGGGGCGGCGGAGGCUGGAGUGGCUGCUGGAGAUCAGUGGAAAGGUCACAUUGGCGCCGUAGUGCACGUCAUAGGCACGGGCUGCGCCAGGGAUGUAGGCUGGCAGCAGAUGCCGUACUGGUUCUGUGGGUACUAGCUGCUGGUAUGGGAGUUUGGCGCACUGCUGCUGCUGCUGGACGGUCCUAGGCGGGGUGUCGGGGGUAGCGGCCUGGGAAGGAGUCCGAUCACAGUGUUUAAGGAUUGGCGUUCAGAUCGGGUGGGGCUUUACAACGAUGUCGUUCAUGUGUGUCUUAAGCAGGUCCGUUAGGAUUGCAUGGUAACUUCCUGUUACGGGUUACUGUACUGCUUCUACAUGCGUGGGAUCAGGUGUGUGCUCCGGUGGUAUAGUUUCAAUGGUGACGUGUUCACGUCGAUAAUACAAACGACAGAGGCGUUUGCAGGAAGCAAUUGUGUGACAGUGCGCAACCGAGGGUUCCUUGAUGGACGCUGCCUACUUGCAGUGCUGAGCUACCGGUACAAGUCAAGCCCGCCUCUAUCCGUGCC